UUGUCUUCUCUGGUCUCGUCUACUCUUCCUCAGUCCUUACCCAAAUUAAUCUCAACAUUAUUUCAGGCGGGGCAAAAAUAGGCAAAUCUCAUUAUUACGCACCUCUAUAAAUAUGGAUCCGACGAGGUCUUGCGUUCGAUACCCGACCGCAUUAAUACUUACACAUAUACUGUGAGAUUAUAAGCAUAUAUAGUCGUCGUCUUCAUUCCUCCAUAUAUAUAUAUAUUUAUAUAUAUAUAUGGCUUCUAUUUUUGUGUCUCCUCCGAUAGCAGCUGCUUCCACUCCUCCCAUGGCCGCCGCCUGUCGCCGCCGCUCCAAAUCAGCUCCAGAUCAACAACGUCAAAAUCAUCGACAUUGUUUGAGGUUCAGAAGCUGCACGAAGAAGCCAUACUUAUUACCAUCCACCAGUUGGGCUAUUUCGCGGGGAGUUGAAGCUGCACAAGUACAGAUAGACGAAGAAGAAGAAGAAGAAGAGAGGCAGUCGAAGCCCCACUCCAUUGACAUGUGGGGUAAUGUUUUGCUUUCUCCAGACAACCAGGUCGAGGUCUACGAUGAAGAACUGGAUGCAAUGAAGGAGGAGGUUAGGGCAAUGGUGGUCGACAAGGCUGCCAAACCAGAAGACAAGAUGAUCCUCAUCGACACCCUCACCCGCCUCGGAGUCGCAUAUUACUUUGAGGAAGAAAUUCAGGACCAGAUUGGAUCCAUCUUCGACUACUACUUCUUACCUCAUCGUCAUCAUCAUCACGAUCUCGAUCUCUUCACUACUGCUCUCCAUUUCCGAUUGUUCAGGCUGCAUGGCUUCAAGGUUCCUUCAAGUGUUUUCGAGAAAUUUAAGAAUAGCGACGGGACAUUCAAGGAAGGUCUAGGAAAGGACGUGGAGGGUUUGGUGAGUCUGUACGAAGCAACCCACGUGAGGUUUCGUCAGGACCACAUUUUAGAGGACGCUAGGGUUUUCGCAAUCCGACAUUUAAAACAGGCUCUGCAGCAGCACGGCGGCGGCGGCAAUGGCGGAUCAUGGCAUCCUAGUCUUAGAGACAAGGUGGCGCUGGCUCUAGACAAGCCCACCCACCGGACACUUCCUAGAUUAGAGACACGUCAUUACAUCCCCAUCUACGACAAGCAGCCAUCCAAGAACGAACUCCUCGCCAGGUUCGCCAGGCUGGAUUUCAACUCCUUGCAGAACCUCCACAAACAAGAGAUCAAUCAAAUCAUCGAGUGGUGGAAGGGUUUGGACAUCGCGAGCUGGGCAAAAUUAGGUUACUUCAGAGACAGGCCUGUGGAAGGGUAUCUAUGGGGUGCAGGCAACCUCGUCUCCCGCGAUUCCUUCUCCAGAAUGUGCGGCGCCAAAGGCUUAUUACUCAUCAUCCUCAUGAACGAUACCUUCGACAAUUACGCCACAGCUGACGAAGCUAAAAAGUUGCACCAGAUGAUGCGAAAUCCAACGUGGGAUAUUUCGAAACUUGACAACGAUGAAGGGCUGCAACUUCCAGAUUACAUGCGAGCGACGCUUAGGGCAAUUUGGAGUACUUUUGAUGACGUGGAUAGAGUGGUGAAAUCGGAGCAUGUAAGAAGGGGAUACGAUGCGGUGGAGUAUGGUCGGGAAGCGUUUAGAAAGCUUUCAGAUUUUUAUCAGAAGAGGAACAGCUGGUACGUGGGGGAAGAGACGCCUACGUUUCUGAAGGUCACCAUGGACGGACUGUACGAUUCCGGCAACCAUGGAACCGUCGCUGCUUACGUCAUGGGGAUGGAGAAUGCCAACGAGGAUCACUUCAAAUGGGUCAUGAGCGGCCCGCCCGGAUUGGAGGCCACGGGUCUCUACACCCGGUACAUGAACGACUUCGCCACCUACACCCGGGAGCACAGGGCGGGGGAGCCGUACACGUCGAUAGACUGCUACAUGAGGGAGUAUCAGGUGACGAAGGAGGAGGCGGUGGCGAAGCUGAAUUGGCUGGCGGAGGACGCGUGGAUGGCGAUGAACUGGGAGUGGACGUGUCUGUCGAGUGGGGGGGUUAGGGGGGUCAUGAAGCCGGGGGUCAACUACGCGCGGAAUGCGUUCGUGAACUACCAUAAAGGUGCGGAUGGACUUUCCAACCCGGAAAAGGGGCUCAGUCGUGACGUGGCAGAUCUCUUUUUCCAACCCCUACCCCCACCCCCACCUCCACCCCCCUCCCAUAAUUAAUUAAUUAAUUGAUGCAUAGCGUGUCUCUGUCUGUGUGCCUUGUUUUAGUAUUUAAUGUUUAAUUUGUUUGUCCUUUAGUGUAAUUCCUUUCCUUUCUUUUCUUUUCUUUUCUUCUUGGGACUCAAACUCAAAACUCAAUCAUCAUCGCCAUCGUGUAUCAAUCAAAUACGACAUAUUUCAUGUGUGCAUUUUUUUUGGUUUGGUUUG